UCAAGAAAUUUCAACUAUUAGUUACUAUUCUUCUCUGAUGAAUUACAACAAUUGAGAGGUAAAUUAACAGCAAAUUUCUUCUGGGUUUCGCGAUUUGAUGAAUUAAAACAUCCCAACAACUCAAAAUUCCAAAACAGGGGAUGUUCAAACAAACCAUCGAAGGAACAGAGAAGGAGGUAGCCAUUGCCAGAACUUGGUUCUUCUUUCUCGACAACGACAAAGCUCAGCUCAGCACAGCUCAAUGCAGAAGGUUUCAUCCAUGGCCUUAUAUUUAUAAUGGGGAAGAACAAAAAGGGCGAGCUGAUAUGGGUAAAAGUGAAUUAAUUAUCGUUUUAGAUAAGAAGAGAAGGCUACAGAAACCAAGAACGUUCAUCCAUUGUGUUCUGCUGUAUAUGUGGGAAUGCUUAAAUUCACCCGUUGUUGACGUAUGUGGGUCAAAAUUGGCGUCUGAUGAUGAAACUCAGAACGGUUCAUCGGAACUUCCAACUUCCAUACCCAGAGAUGAUGUCUAAUACCCGACGUGUCGAAUCCAUCUGU